GGAAUGUAUAUAACUAAUGCCGCGCGUUCGCGUACUUAAUUUCAGGAAAGAAGUUCUUCCCGAUAACGUUCAUCGGCUCGAUCUUCUGGAUCGCGGCGUACUCGUACCUGAUGGUCUGGUGGGCAAAUAUCGCCGGCGACACCGUGGCGAUACCGCCGGAAGUGAUGGGCCUGACCUUCCUCGCAGCUGGCACCAGCAUACCGGACCUCAUCACAAGUGUCAUCGUGGCGCGAAAGGGAUACGGCGACAUGGCCGUGUCGAGUUCCGUCGGCAGUAACAUCUUCGACGUGACCGUUGGGUGAGCAUCCCGAAUUUCUUCCGAAAUUUCUUCCCAAAUGCGUCGACGCAUUGUCUCGUGAUGCAUACACACGAGCCUCGUCGUCUUGUCUUGCUCCGAAGCAUCUUUAGAAAGCAACUUUAGAAAGUUUUAUUCGAUUUUACGCUUUCCGAUCUUAUUUCGGUGUUAGAAAUUUCGUUUGGCUUUAUUAUA